CUUCUUUGGGUUUGGUUACUGGCCCGUGCGCAUCGCGGUCUCGAUGACGUCGGCAUGUGAUGCCGACAGAGAGGACGAACAUUGAAAUCGCUCCCGAGGUCUUGCCAAUCUCAUGGGACUCUCACGCGCCAACGCAUUUCGAAUCACCGGAUGAUGAGAGCGGCUCUAUUCUUGGGCCGUCCAUGUCUGUCUCAAGGGCUCCGGUCCUGUUCGACCGCAACGACAUGCAUACGGUUCCGUUCCUUCACGUCCGGUCAUUCCUCCGGUUUCUCCUCGUUUACGAGGCGAUACUUCGCGAGACCCCCGUUCUCUAAAGGCAGGAUAUUAUGGUCUAGCGCUGCAGGCGCAAGUGCGGCAGCCCUUACCCCACUUGCGUUCGUAGCUCUGGGGAAGAAUGAGUCGGAGAAUGGAGGCAUGACACAGGAGGAGGCGAUGCUUGCGGCGUCGAGGAAAGAGCUGAGGGAACGGGUGCCAAAAGCACUGCAGAACUCGAAGAAGAUACGGCGGGGCAUCUACUUUUUCGUUGACCUCUACAUCAUCGAACCAAUUGCCACGGCCUUUCGCUUUCUGCACCUAGUGGUCAUAUUCACACCAGUCCUAUUGACGAUACCGGUCAUUUGGCUAGGAAAGAGACAACGGGAUAGAGAUAACGAAAGGAGCGGAACUCUCUGGUGGUAUGGCUUUCUGGUGCGGUCGAUGGAGCGUGCAGGAGCCGCAUUUAUCAAGCUUGGGCAAUGGGCGGCUUCCAGGACGGAUAUCUUCCCUGCUGAACUGUGUCUUACCAUGUCCACCUUGCACUCGAACGCGCCGCCCCAUUCUCUCGAGAAAACCAAGCGUACCAUAGAAAAGGCUUUUGGUGGUCUUCCCUUCGAUGAGAUUUUCGAGGAGUUCGAUGAAACACCGUUGGGAGUGGGUGCCAUUGCUCAAGCAUAUAAGGCGAAACUAAAACCUGAACUUACCGCACCUCUUCAAGACACAUUGCAGUUCGGGCCGGCAAACCUGCGACAACGAAUCAAAAAGAACGUGGAUGUGACACUAAAAUACUCCCCUUCGAGAGUGCCGUCUAGCCAUGUCGCUGUUAAGGUGCUACACCCGAAGAUUGAGAGGAUUGUACGUCGAGACCUGAACAUCAUGGCCUUCUUUGCUGCCCUCAUCAACGCAAUACCUACCAUGGAGUGGCUAUCAUUUCCGGACGAAGUUGAGCAAUUCGGAGAAAUGAUGCGAUUGCAGCUAGACCUACGAAUCGAAGCCGCCAAUCUCACGCUCUUCCGUCAGCAUUUCAAGGACCGUACCACUGCCUGGUUUCCCUAUCCAUACUCUCAGUACACAACGCGGGAGGUUCUGAUCGAAGAGUUUGCGCAGGGAAUACCGCUCGAGGCGUUUCUGCAGAACGGAGGCGGCGUUUUCCAGAAGGAUAUUGCCAACGAGGGUCUGGACGCUUUCCUGACCAUGCUCCUGAUUGAUAACUUCAUUCACGCUGACCUCCAUCCGGGAAACAUCAUGGUGCGCUUCUAUCAGCCCCAGAAACUGGACGUCUCCAUUUUCAGUCGAAAGGAAGACAGGACCACCGGACCCAAAGACUCACCUGAUGUCACCGAAGAAGUGCUCCAGCGGCUACGACCCUAUAUGAAGAAUCCGAAAGAGUGGAGGAAGACUCUUCAAGAAAUCGACAAUGAAGGGUACCGGCCUCAGCUUAUCUUCAUCGAUACGGGACUCGUCACUCAACUGAAUUCUGUCAAUAGAACUAACUUCCUCGAUUUGUUCAAAGCAGUGGCAGAGUUUGAUGGCUAUAAAGCUGGCCACCUGAUGGUCGAGCGCUGCAGGCAGCCUGAUGCCGUCAUUGAUCCAGAAGUGUUUGCAUUACGGAUGCAGCAUCUUGUCCUCGGAGUAAAGAGCCGUACCUUUGCAUUGGGCAACAUCAAGAUUGGAGACAUCUUGAAUGAAGUGCUUUCAAUGGUACGAAAUCACCACGUGCGCCUAGAAGGGGAUUUUGUCAAUGUGGUGCUCAGCAUUCUCCUGCUAGAGGGUAUUGGCAGAAGUCUCAACCCUGAUUUGGACCUCUUUGCAGGUGCUCUACCUAUAUUACGGCAACUAGGCGCGCAGAGUGGCGCAUCGAUGAUCCGCGGCGGCGAUUUCUCCAUGCUUAAGGUGUGGGCUGGGCUGGAGGCUCGUAGUUUCCUGCAAGCCUCGGCUGAAGCUGUGGAACGGUGUGUCAAGUCUGACCAGCUCUCUCCUAACAUUUGAUGCAUUCUCCCCUCAAUAUCCAAUGGAACAGCAUAGUCAACACCCGAAUUGCUUCUUGGCCUUUCCACAUAUACCCAUCUUCUGCUUCUACCAUUGUACAUAGACUGUUAUCCGGAUAUCCGUUUUGCUGGACAUUGACGACGCUGGUUGCCGCCGAGCCUGUAUGAUAGUAAAUAUGAUGAUGCCGUGGAGCCCAUGACAGUUUAGUCUCCCAUCCUAUAGGUAUCCGUGAUAUUCAAAAUCCAGAACGCCGCGCCAUGCAAUAGUUUCUCAAACCAGUUCACUCGUCCAUUUGCCAUGCAUACUCCAACCGCUCCACAUCCGCUCUCCGAUUGCGACUCUUGAACCACUCCCUCUCAAACCCAUUACUCCUAU